CCUUGACUUAUAAAUAUUUCCGGCCGGUGACGUCUCGGCCCACGGCUCGUCAUCAUAUUCUCUCUCUGCCCACCUUCUUCGUCGGCUCCACGCUACCGCCCUCCCAACUCCCAACUACCCCUCAGUUCUCAACACGCUCGAUCUCCGCCACCGCCGCCGCUCCGUCCGGCCGCGCCUCCGCCCCAGCAUGGCCACCGCAUCGUCGGCCACCUCCGUCUACGACUUUACCGUCAAGGAUGCAAGCGGGAAGGACGUCGAUCUGAGCGUCUACAAGGGGAAGGUUCUUCUCAUCGUUAACGUCGCAUCCCAGUGCGGCUUAACUAACUCCAACUACACCGAGCUGAGCCAGGUUUAUGAGAAGUACAAGGACCAAGGCCUUGAGAUCUUGGCUUUCCCAUGCAAUCAGUUUGCUGGGCAGGAGCCUGGCACCAAUGAGGAGAUUGUCCAGUUUGCCUGCACUCGCUUCAAGGCCGAGUACCCCAUUUUUGACAAGGUUGACGUCAAUGGCAGCAAUGCUUCCCCCCUGUACAAGUUCCUGAAGUCUAGCAAAGGCGGAAUUUUUGGCGAUAGUGUCAAAUGGAACUUCUCCAAGUUCUUGGUUGACAAGGAGGGUCGCGUUGUGGACCGCUAUGCUCCCACCACUUCCCCGCUGAGCAUUGAGAAGGAUAUCAAGAAGCUGCUUGGGAUCUCAUAACCCUAAGGCUGGAGCCUGUAGAAAGCACAACACUUCUGUACUGCGAAAUGAAAAUAAUUUUGUGUUGAAUAAAAAAAUAAUACCUAGCACUUCAGGGGUUGCAGCUGCUAUAUUUUCUGGAUCCUAAUCCGUAUGUGUAUAUGUUGUUUUAAUGAAUUCACAUGUUGUAGCCGAU